AAUUUCGCGGCUCAUACAAAAUCUGAAACGAGUUUAAGCUAAUUAACUUAAUUUCGCUUUGCAGGCCUAAUAACUUGUUAUCAUAACGAUUUUAAUUUUCGAUUGUCAAAACUCUGAUCAUUUUUACGCUUGGUAGUUUUCCAAUAGACCAAAAGUUAAUUAUUCCCAAUCAAGUAUCAUUUUUUAGAGUUUUUGUCAACCUGAUCGUCAAUCGGAUAUUUAUCACGAUGCAAUUAAAUGAUUUACCUGACGAUUUUUUAUUUCAUGUAUUUGAUUAUAUUGAUUGUGUUAAACAACUUUGUAUUCUGUCGACAGUUUGUCGUUUAUGGAACAAUUUGGUUAAAAGGAGACUGGAAAAAGUUCGAGAAUUACAUUUGAAGAAUCUGAUGGUGAGUUAUCUUCAUGUCGAUCAUUAGAAAAGUACAAUUAUGUUUCUUUUUCUUUAUUCUCAGAAGAAAUUACUAAAAAUAAGGUUUAUCACAUUUAUGUCUCACGCAAUUAUCCCCCUCAUCAUUCUGUCUACACCAACGACUUUGGAUUUAUUGAGAAAGUGAACGUUUCUAAACUUUUACCAAAUCUUAAAUAUUUUAGAACUAGUUAUUCAAAAGGUCAAAAGUGUAUGUGCAAGGCAAUGAUCAAUGUUUUAUCAAGUUCCAAUACGCUGAUUGGAUUAUCGGGUCAAUCUCCAUGUUACAAAAGUGAAUUCACUCUAGAUUCCCGUGUUCACGUCGAUGCAAUAGUGCAACAUUGUGGUAAUUUGGAGUAUCUUUCGUCGGGAUCGAAACAUUUUAUUCGGAGUUUUUUCUUCUCAUUUGGAGACAAUUUGAAACACUUUGAAGCUUCGGUAGAUCUCUCUAAAUUUUCUUUGUACCCUGGAGCUACUGAUUCUUUUGCAAGAAUAAUGGCGAAAAUGCCAAAUCUUGAAACUUUGACUUUGUUAUGUGAACCUGAAAUCGAACCUCCUAAAUGGCCUACACCGAAAAUGAAUUUGAAACAACUCAAAAUUGAAUAUAUUGACAUUGAAUCUUCCCCUCUUCAAGUUUUAUCUCUUUUCCCUGAACUACCAAGUCUACACUUAAGUUUCAAACAACAAGGCGAAGCCAAAGCUUUUCCUACUUCCAGAAUUCAUCCGGAUGUCCAAGAUUUGGCAUUAGAAAUCCAAACAGUACUUGAAUCACCUCUCUUAUACGCACAGCAAGGACUACAAGCAGAGGAAGAUGUCGACUGCGGUGAGCUGAUUAAAAGUGUAUUGGCCAACUUUCUCAAUUGUAAGAAUCUUAUGAUUUGGCUCGAAAAUGGAUUCACCGAGAAUGUUUCGGUGUUCAAGAUAAUUGAAAUGUUACCGAACUUGAAUCUUUUUGUUCUACAUGUUGAUGGCAUACUUUGCACUUGGAAGGACCCUGGUUACUUUGAUACUGUCGAUAAAUAUUGCAAGUCAAUUGGUCGUCGAGUCGCUUUUUACACAGUCAUUGAUGUUGAUUUUCACAAAAAAAUUCGAUAUUCAGUGAAUGAAGAUAUCGCCAAUCCUUUUAACACCGAAAAUCAAUUCAUAUAUAAGUAUUUUCGUCGUGAAAUUUAAUUUUCAUAAAAUUUCUCAGCGGAAACACAGAUAUAAUCAAUAGAUAAACAAACUGAACUUUUCUAUCAAUCAAAUUAUCUGCAACUAUUGUUACUAACAACUUAAAUUUUAUAAUUCGAAUCUUUUGAUCCUCUGAGGUUUAUGUGUAAAAAUCACUCAGAACAUGAAUCUUAAAGUUAUUUCAACAAUCAA